AUACGAAACAAAAGAGCUGAAGUUGAGAAGCGCUCUCGACAAUUGCAAGUAGCUGACGAAGCGGCAUCGGCAGAGCUGGAGAAUCCAUAUCUAAAGAAUGGAUCAACACCCCCACCGAGAGGGAAGAAACCGAUCAAGCCUAAAAGACCAUCAAAUUCGGUAAAGACUAUACCGCAAAUUGGACAAGUCGAUUUACAUUGCAUGUCUACAGAGAAAGAGGCGUUGUUGAACUAA